AUGCAGUUCUCUCGUAUCUCCACCGCUCUUGUUCUCUUGGUCCUCACGACCUUCUACGCCCCGGUCCCAACCCCACCUCCCGCCAGCCAAUGCGACACUUCCGCUCUCUGGUGCUGCAACGAGACGCAGUCGUCCAACGGUAACGUCGUCGGAGCGCUCCUUGCGCUGUUGGGCAUCGUCGUUGACCCCAUCAGUGCGCUUGUUGGUUCCGGCUGUAGCUCCAUCAACGCCCUUGGCGUUGGUGUUGGAGGCAUGUGCACCGCCCAACCCGUCUGCUGCCAGAACAAUAACUUCGCCUCCCUCGUCGUUAUUGGCUGCACCCCCGUCACCCUUGGCGCUUAG